AGAGAGAGAGAGAGAGAGAGAGAGAGAGAGCACGCAAAACAGAGUCCAUGCAACACACAACAUUCAUUAGUGUUUUUCACUUUUUCUUUUUCUUUUUCUAAAAGAAUUAUAUUCCAUCCAAAUUUAGUAAACUCGGUGUUCCCAUUAAUAGAUUCCCCCAAAAACCCCCAUUUUGGAUACGGGGAAGGUAGAAAGAUUGAACCUUUCUUCUUCUGCUUCUGCUUCUGCGUAUUAGGUGCGAUAUUCAUUCAAAAAAAUUGGGGGAAAAAGAAAAGAGAAGAGAUGGGUCGUGGUAAAAUCGAGAUAAAGAGGAUCGAGAAUGCCAACAGCAGGCAAGUUACUUUCUCCAAGAGGCGUGCUGGUUUGCUUAAGAAAGCUCAUGAGCUCUCUGUUCUCUGUGAUGCUGAGGUUGCUGUCAUCGUCUUCUCCAAGUCUGGCAAGCUCUUUGAGUUCUCCAGUUCUGGGAUGAAGAAAACACUUUCGAGAUACGGCAACUACCAGAGUUCUUCAGAUUCUAAAGCAGAGAACCUCCAGGAAGACGAUUGUAAAGAGGUGGAUCUUUUAAAGGAUGAAAUUUCACAGCUUCAAAAGAAACAUUUACAACUGCAGGGUAAGGGCUUGAAUAUUCUGAGCUUCAAAGAGCUGCAAAACCUUGAGCAGCAACUGUAUCAUGCCUUGAUAUCUGUGAGAGAGCGUAAGGAACGGUUGUUGGCUAUCCAACUUGAAGAAUCUCGCCUCAAGGAACAGCGAGCAGAGUUGGAAAACGAGACCUUACGAAGACAGGUUCAAGAACUCAGAAGCUUUCUCCCGUCGUUCACCCACUAUGUUCCAUCCUACAUCAAAUGCUUCGCCAUAGAUCCCAAGAACGCUGUCCUAAACCAUGGUUGCUUUGACGACAGUAACUGCAGCCUCCAGAAGACCAAUUCAGACACAACUCUGCAAUUAGGGUUGCCGGGAGAGGCACAUGAUAGAAGGAAGAAAGAAGGAGACAGAGAGAGCCCGUCAAGCGAUUCAGUGACAACAAACACAACCGGAGGUACUGCAGACAGGAUCAGUCUAGCUUAAUUAGCAAAAUUUCCACCUGAAAACAAAAGCCAGAGGUUUUCUCUGUUUAGUGAGGUAGAGAAUGUUUCCUCUUUAGCAAGUAUCACAUUAUUUAAAGUAAGUUUAGAAGAGAUACUUGCAAAAAAACAAGAGAAGAUUAACUUUAUCUCAUCUGUAUUUUCUCCUAAUCUAACUCUCUGUACUUUUUCUAUUGAUUGUUUUUCGUCUC